AUGAUUCACUCCCCUACUAGUCCCGGCGAUACCGGAAGGUCCCCCUUUGCCGACCCUCCCAGCAAUUCGCAGACGCCUCCCGACGUGUCUGACCUCGGCUUCGGAUAUGUAGCUGCAAGUGACCCUGCAAAGCAUGUCUCGCAUCACGAUAUUCCGGCCAAUGAUCAAAAGGGUUCUCUCAAGGUUCCAGGCACUCCAGGCCGUACUUUGAACCCAUUGAGCCCAACGUUUCGAGAGGAGUUUUUCGUGGAGAAGCAAGAAAAGGUCACGGAAAAGGAAAACCAGAGAGACCUGCGUAUCAAGUUGCGUGUUCGGGUAGCCAAGGUGUUCCUUCGUUUCAUCAACCUUGGCUGCAGUAUGAUCGUCCUUACCAUUCUGGGAACGACACUGACUGUCUUCAACGCGACGAAGUCACUGCCUGAGCGAAACACUUCUCCUCCCUGGGAAUUUGGCACAAACCCUUGGCCGCAAUAUCUGCUUCUGGCCGUUUCAUGUCUCUCCUUGAUUGCCUGCCUUGGUGUCUUCUGGGGCUACUGGAGAGGUGGACGCAGACGUGCACAGAAAUAUGCGGCUUAUUAUUCGCUCCUAUCGGUGUUUCUCUUCAUCUUUCAACUAGUGAUGUGGAUUGUUGCCGCCGCAAUCUUUGAACAUUCGAAGGCUACUGGAGACGACAAAGACCUUUGGGGCUGGGCUUGUGUCCACAACGAGAGAGAACAGCUGUUCAAAGACCAAAUCGACUAUGCACUCCUCUGCCGUCUGCAAGACUGGGGAUUGGUCUGUGCCGUCAUUGAAAUCGUCCUUGAAGUCUUUGUCCUCGUUAUCUACGGUGUCAUCUUCUACCGCUUCUGGAGCAAGAGAAAGCUGGCCAGGUCGAUGGACCGUCGAGACAGAGCACGAACAGACCUGUACAUCGCUCAGCUGCGCCAAAACACCGUCCCUAACACGCCCGGAUUUCCCACCAUGCCCAAGGCUCCCUUCGUGUCAACCUCGAUUCCUCAAGACCAGUACUCUGCUGCUGAGAACGGGCAGAUGUGCACAACCCAAUUUGCCACUCCCCCGACUGAUUCCAAAAAGCAGUCGGCGUUCCAGCUUCAACCACCCCCAAUUCGGGUGCAGCAGGCAUCUCCGCAGCCAGAGCAGAGUGAAUUCCCACCACCACCCGCACCAGCUCCGGUUCCAAGUGCCCCUAACCAGCACAUGGGCGCAGCACCCGGCGAACGAACCUAUGAAUCUGUGCCCAUUCCCGGUGCUUAUUCCGGCCCCAUGAGUCCUAGUUUUCCCCACGGAGCCCACCAGUAA